AACAUACAUUACUUCUCAUUUCGAAUCUACACGUCCCUUUCUUUCUCUCAAUCAGAUUCAUGGAUUCAGGGUCUAGCGAUCUUGGUUAAUUUUUUGUACCUGCUGGGUCAGGAGGGAAGCACACCAAUCUUGGUCUGGAGCAUGGAUCCUCUAUGUGAGUUUUGUGGGGUGGUGAGAGCUGUGGUUUACUGCAAGUCAGAUUCUGCUCGUCUCUGCUUGCAUUGCGAUGGCUGUGUACACUCUGCAAAUUCUUUGUCUCGCAGGCAUUCGCGUUCCCUCCUCUGCGAUAAGUGCAAUUCCCAGCCGGCAAUGAUCCGCUGCAUGGAUCAUAAGUUGUCAUUGUGCCAAGGUUGUGACUGGAAUCCAAAUGACUGUUCUGCAUUGGGACAUAGGCGUGUUGCAUUGAAUUGUUACACUGGUUGUCCCUCUUUGGCUGAGUUUUCCAGGAUUUGGUCCUUUGUGUUUGAUGCUAAUUCCUCACUUGGUGGUUGGGAAUCGGUUGGUACUUUGCCAAAAAGUGAGAGCUGCACUAGCCAGUGUUUGGAGCAAACUGAUCAUAACGGUGGUUCCUUUGGUUUGGUGAGUGACAAGUUGGAUGAAAUUGAAUCUUGUGUCAUAUAUGAACCUUGGAUGGGGCAGUCUCAAAUCAUUCCAUCAAAUCCAAAUUACACGCCGUUCUGCAAAGACGAAGCAUUUUUCUUUCCUCAAGACUCAAACCAGCCAAAGCUGCAGGAAUGUCCUAAUCUAGGAAUUCAUGAUGGGAGUGAACUUUGUGAAGGUUUCAAUGUUGAUAACCUUCAAUUAAACUUUGAAAGUGCUGAUGAAAUAUUUGGCUGUUCACAAGAUGCCACAAGAUACCACCUUGAAGAUGGAGGAAUGGACUGUUUAUUGAUGGAUAAAAACAUAUCAGUCACAGAAUCUAAUUCACUUAUUGAGAGUGCCUUGGAGGCAUCAUCAUCUAUCCAACAAGAUUGUGUGGCUUUUCAAUCAUCCAGGGCUGGUGGGUCAGCUAGUGUGAUGCAGGUUAUCAACAGCAAUACAAAUUGUGCACUAAUGAAUCCUAGCUGCACUAGAAACAUCAGUCUGGGAUUUCCUCAGGGUGUUCAUUCAAAGAUGCCACUUCAAUUUCCCAACAUUGUUGGUGAAAAUAAUUCUACUGAAUAUCAAGACUGCAGGUUUUCGCAAGUGUUUCUGCCGGGUGAAUCCCCCUGGGAAUCAAAUUUGGAGGGUACAUGCCCACAAGCAAGGGAUAAAGCUAAAAUGAGAUACAAUGAGAAAAAGAAAACUCGAAUGUUUGGUAAGCAAAUAAGAUAUGCUUCUCGCAAAGCAAGGGCCGAUACAAGAAAACGUGUGAAAGGUAGAUUUGUUAAAGCAGGUGAAGCAUAUGAUUAUGACCCUCUUGGGACAAGGGACAUCUAAGCAUAUUAUCUACAAUAACUAUCUUUUCCAUGAAAGAUAUGUUUCUUCGGACUGGUAAGGUGGUCCCUGGACCUUGUGAGUACAUUGCUUUCUUGCCAAUUCUUCAUCAACAGAAGUUUUGUUUAUCUUGUGAAAGUGGGAGAGUUUUAAUGCAGCUAGAUAACUUGACUGCUUAGGUGAUUGAUAGAGAUCUAUUAGAGAUUUUAACAUAUUUAGAGGAUAACAAAGAUAUGAAGGUGUUGCAAUUGGGAAUUGCAGAGGAAGGGAUUAGAUGUAUGCCAAGAUAUUGCGUUUAAUUAUACAUAGGAAGUGAGAGGUAACAGGCAUGGGACAUAGAGGAGCAGAACGUUUGAACAGAUUUCAAACAGCAUCACAGUCGUUGUCAAUUCAGACAAACACAGAGGGCCUGGAUAUUCUUCCUAGCUUUCAGAGGAGAUGUGCAUGGUGAUCCAUCCUGCAUUUUCAAAUGUGAUAUUGUGAGUCUCCGAGCCUAUGUGUUUUUUAUAAAUAAACACUGUCUAGUGUAAUGAAUAAAAGAGAAACCGGUGUUUGGCAAGCAACAAUAGCCAACCUCACUUUCUGCUUUCAGUUUGGUCCUUCCUCAUAGGGAUCCUUCACACGACCUUAUUCUGUCAUCUUAAGCCAUUGCUCAAGGACAGCAGCACCAUAUUUUGGAACCUCUUCAUUUAUUCCAUUUUCAUCAGAUUAGUGAGCACGAGCACGAUCAACUGUUGAUAGAGAUACUAUUGCUCUUGACUUGCUGGAAGCCAGUUUUACCUGCAGCAACUAUUUGCAUCUUUGGCAUUGCCUCAACUAUUUCAUUUGUUGUAUUCCUCUAUAUUUUAUUUGGGGAUGGCGCCUAUUUCUUCAAUAAUUGUACAAACAUUGUGUACAAACUUUCCUGAUUUAAAGGGACGUUUGUUUUUCCUAUGAAAUAUGAGAUAUUAAUGACUGUUUUAUUGUUUUGCACAAAUAUGUUAUUAUUUAUUAACUUCUGUAGAAUGUUGAUAAGAAAGAAACUGUAGUCUUUACUGUUCCGAGUUCUUUAAGAAUUAAACUAAACGAUAGGGUGAAGUUUAGGUCCAUAUG